AGACUAAUAGAGUGCAACUACUAGAGAAUUAACCACUUCUGUCUCUAAUAAACCGCCACCUAGCUACAGAAUCGCUAUUAUAGAGCCAAUAGGGGAUGGAAAGGCCCAGUAGGGGGAAUAUUGCAAGAGGUUGGCCACCCUUCCAACAAUCCGAGGCGACCAAAGGCGGUCGCAGCAAACAAUAUGGCGGCCAGCGCCGAAGAAAUGUGAAAGUAGAUCGAUGGCGCGUUUCUGCGCGCACGCACACGCUGUUCCAAUCGUGGUCGGUCAAUAUUUGAAUCGAAGCUUCGGUGCGACACUACCAGGCGGCAGCCGUUCCGGAUCGUCGACGCACCUUGGCAGCGCACCUGUGUCAACCAGCGUCGCGCUUCUUUGCCAUCCUCGCUCUCGAAUCGUAACGUAACCGCGACGGCCCCCGCGAGUCGGCACUCGACUGUCGACGCGACACAGAUUGGAGCCGCUCUUCGACGUCCACGAGACACCAACUGCUAUCCUUGCUCCUCGGUUAGGGACACCAUGAAGGAGGCACUGGUGAAGCGAGAGAUCAAGCGCGAGUGGGAUGACGGCCAAGCGGAGGCAGCAUCCCCAAGGAUGACAGUCGCGGAAGAACCGGCGGAGAGUCCUCGCACGGUUAUCACGGCGCGAAGACACGUGCGUACUAUCACGACCGCAGGACAGAUAACCGAGUCGGUCCCGGAACCCGAGCCGGAUUCGCCCGAUGCCAGCAGCGUGAUAUCCGGCAAUAUUCAGCUCGAGGCGCAGCAGCACCACCAUCACCAUCACCAUCACCAGCAUCAUCUUCAGCACGCCUCGGUCGAGCAACAGCACAGGCAAUCCCGACCUCGGGGGUACCAGGAAGACGAACAACAGCAGGACAGCCACCACUUCGUGCAGAUCUCUCAGGCUGACGGGGACGGGCAACAGCAUCGCUCCGGAGAGCAACGAGUCGUUUACUUGACCACUAACGGCCAGGAGGUGCAGGUCGAGGUGUCCGAUACUGUGGAUCCUAAUACGCUCACCGUCAAGGAGCAGGCCAGGUACGAUUCGGCAGGCACAGACAGACCGGACUCGAACGGGAUGUACACCUACACGACAGACGGACAGCAGCUCCGAAGGGAGAACCACGCGAUCGUGGUUCAGACGCAAGAAAGACGGGCAUCCUCGGUCUCCAGCGCCCAGCAGAGGUACAGUCCCCGCGAGACCAAUCAGUCCAGCGGAAACGGAACGACAGGAAGGACCUACCAUCAAGAUUCCCCAGUUCUGGUCCCCAACAGCGAGGAUUACGAGGGACCCAUGGUGAGCAGAUCCAACGCGGCCACCAGCAACGUCCAGCUGGGUUCACCUGUCCCCCCUUACUCUCCCCCGAUCGGUGAGGGGAUUCGUGGCGCCAGUAACCAGCAACCACCCAACCAGCCUCAGCAUCACCUGGUACCUGGCUACGCGGACGCUGGUACCGCUAAUAUCAAGUAUGAAACGGACGCUUCCAACGCCGCUGCGGCGGCAGCCGCCGCUGAACGAUUCGCCGCGGUGGCAGCCGCCGCCUCGGACAACAUCAAGGUGUCCAGCACCUACACCACCCUCGAGACCGUAGCUAUCCCGCCCUCACAGACGGUCCAGUACGCCGCUCAGUACAUAUCCGGAAGCGAGACCUUCCAGCAGGCGCCUACAUACACCUACGCCAAGUCUGGCGAUCAGCUGAUCCUGACGUACCCCACGCCUGCUCAGCUCACGUCUAGAGUGGGAGGGGUGGAUCCUCCAGGGAGCACGUACAUCAAGGGCGACCCAACCCUGGCCUCUUCCUUGGGCACAUCUCGUGGCGUGCCGAUCCACUACGAGCAGCCCGGUUCCCCCAGCUCUCAAUUGAGCCUGUACGGAAGUAGCGCCGGUUCCUAUUCGUACGCGAAACCAACCGCCUCCGCGGAGUACUGGUCGACCCCCGGGACCCCUUCGCCGCCCACGUUCGAGUGCGUCCAGGGCUACCAGGGCGUCGCGGCGAUCUCUGUCAGCGACGCCGCGAAUAUACAGCUGUACUCCGGAGGCGGAUACAGCGUGUCCUCUGGGAGCGCAGGGGCACCGUCCCCCUGGGCAGGGUUACCGCUGGCGGGCCCUGACGAUGGUUUCGACGGAACGAUCGUCACCACCGAUCCGAAAGAGUGCUCCGGUUGCUCGGCCCUCGCCACCGUUUGGAGGAGGGACGAGACGGGACAUUACUACUGUCACAACUGCGUUUACAGCAAGGCGAACGGGAUGAGCAGGCCCGCCAUGAGAUGCGGCAAACCUAAGCAACCCGUUGCACCGACGGGCGUGAGGAGGACAGGGGUGCAGUGCGCGAAUUGCAGGACGAGCAACACCACCCUGUGGAGAAGGAACAAUAACGGUGAGCCCGUCUGCAACGCCUGCGGACUCUACUUCAAGCUGCACAAUGUAAACAGGCCGCUCAGCAUGAAGAAGGAGGGGAUACAGACGAGGAAGCGGAAGCCAAAGAAUCACUCGGGGAUGAGCGGAAGUCUGGCCGGGCCCAGCAGCAUGCACAAGACCGAGAUUAAGUCUAGCUUACUCGUGGACUCGAUGCAGUUGAACGUGUACAGGAGCGGUGGCAGCGGUAACGGGGGCGGGGUCGGUGUCGAGAGCGAAAGCGGAAGUGGAAGCGAAGGAGGAAACGGAGGUUCCGAGGAGAGACGACCUCCUGUAGGUACGCCAACCACGGCGCAAUUGGGGCACGCGCACUCGCCCCUUGCGUUACCCACCGCCGCCGUCCUCAACCGUCAAACCACCCUUACCGUGCCACCACUAGAACCAAUCGCUAGUCAGUCCAGCGGCGACCUAAUCUCGGUUAUAACUUCCACGACGGCGAUCCACGCCGAGAGGACGUAAGAAGAUUGUGACACGGCGAGAAUUGGAACGAGAGGGAUACACACAGUGUGAAUGGAAAUGUCGGACACUUUCUCUAGAUUAAUUGUAUCCGCGAAAUGAAUGGAAAAGGUCUCUUACUAUUUUCCAAUACGAGGUUCCGUUUCCAAGACAUCAGCGGUUGAAGUUCACGUGUGCGAUGUUUGGGGCACGACAGGUUCGACUAAUUGGACGGUCCGAGCAAUUACAGGUAGAAACGUUGUAGUAAUUCGUUUUAUGUUUAAUCGUUUUACAAGCUGUGUAGGAAGAAUUUUUCGUAUUUUCCUCCCGUGAGUUGGUGCAUGAACAGUUAUCGUGGCAGAGCUGAUACAGUCUAGCACGUUUUCCCUGAAAAUUGAAUUUCAAUCGAAUACAGCUCGCAGGGUUGAAAGUAUGCAAGGAAAGUACAUUUUGAGUGCUUUUAAUGAAAAUAGAAUUUUUAUCUGGCCCCUUGAAGACCGAGACCAGCUUUGCACGUUAAUAGAUGUCUGAGUUACCAUGUUUACCCAUGUUAACCAUGUUUGCAUGUAUUACCUACCAACACACUUCUAUGGAAUCUAUCAUAUUUCUGGUUUCAAUGAUCCCAUAUACAACUCUUGUGUUCUACGAUUCUAACCUUGUACAUUUCGAAUUUUCCUUUCGAUUUAAGCUCGCUAACUGAAUUAUAUUCAUUUAUUUUUCCAAUUCGUGUUACCAUAAGCGAAACUUGAACUGAAUUGCAUAAGACACUGUCAGUCACAAUGAUAAAAGGAUUUUUCACAUAUCGGUAACACUUACCGAUAAUUCCAGUCGGUAAUGAUCCCCACGCGAUACACCUGAAUAUUUCUCUCUCUCUCUCUCCCUGUAAAAUUAAGAAUGCGAUAGAACGCAAUACAAUUCGCACGCCUUAUUCGCUAACUUUCAAAAAACGAAACAACGCAAAGGCUCGACAAUCCUAAUCUCUACGUAUGGCAUGGUAAAUAAUAGAAACGAAUUCCACGUUAGCUCAUCGCUCGCGUUGCACCUUCGAUUUCUAUGCAAGUAGUAAUAAAGACAGAAAAUAAUUUCGCGGUCAGCGCCACCAGAGGUUUCUGUUUUAUAACAUUUCUAGUAGGACAUCACGUGACACAGCCUGAUUCAAAUCAGUGUCUGUCGUGCAGUUGAAUAGAGUCAGUGGCUAGGACAAACGCGGGAAUCGAAAUUCGAUCCUUUACUCGCCGUAAAUAAAAUAGGCUAAUUGAACGGGUGUAACGUAACCUCGACGACAGACGCGACUUCCCGCGAGCAUCGAGUGUUUACGUCCUGUGUCGUUCCGGUCGUUCGACUUUCGAGGCAGUUGAUUGUUCACCUUCGCGACGCGUGAUUGAUAGUUUGCGGUAGCCAUUGUUCUCUAGACAGUCGAAACGAGGAUAAUCGUCUGAAACAAUGUCUCCUGCGUCUUGUUACUUGCAUCGAAACUGUCACAAGAUGUGCGUGCGUGUGUGUGUGUGGAGAUCAAAAAGUCGAGCAUUGAAUAGAGGUUAUUUGCACUUGAUUCUAUGUACAAGGGUGAAGGGACAAACGUGUGUCGCGUACAAGCAUUGCGGUUUACUAAUAGACGAGAGACGAUGUAGCUUUAAAAGUGAUGCUAGAUGACAUCAAAGAUUUUGUUCAUUACGAUUGAUAGUUUGAUUCGCGAGCGGUUAGGUAUGGCGAGUGCACGCGUGUAAAAAGAACAAUCCAGAAGUCGAACCUGUCGAUUCGAACACUUCGCGGUCCUACGUCGAGCAAGGUUGGAGAAUACUAUACCGAGAUCGGAUAACGAAACCCUGAAUUGCAGAAUGGUGAGUGAUCUUCUCCCUUGACACGUAGAAUUUGUCGUGAAUAAAAUUAACACGGUCUUGUUGAUGUACAUGUACAAUAUUAGCAAUGUUAUAAUAUGUAAUUGUAAUUACAAUAUAUUUUGCUAAUAUUUAUAGUAAUAGUAAUGCAGCUAGAUCAACGUUUAGCGAUUUAUACGCGAUGCUAUCGAAUAGCGGAAUUUUCAUUUGGUCAUCGUGAAAUGUUACGUUCUAUUUUAGCCUAUUUCAUACUAUUUCGCUCUGUAAUGAGUAACGAGUUAUUCUUUAUUCGCUGUUAGACAUUUGUAUUGAAAUUAGAAUUUUACCCAUGCACGCCAUCGAAUUGGCGUCGUUUAAGCGACACGGGCGCCAUCUUGUUGAGCGUCUGUUACCGACUGUAGACCUCGGCACUAGAAACUAGCGAUUCGAGUACCUACAGCGAACGAAAAUAUUAAAUUAUUCAAGCAAUCCUAUUUUCGUUUAACGUUCGCUCGUUUUUAUUACGAAAGCGAUUGUUGAUAUCAUGCUCGCAUAGUCGCAAUUUCAAGAUUGUACGAAAAAGGACAUCGAAAGGUCGUCCUUUUGUUCCUAUCCUGUCCCAUUGGUACAUUUAUCGCGAAUAGAUCGUGAUUAUCGCAAUUAUGUGACACACGUUUUGAUUCGACCAUGAUUUAUCCAAGCGAGGUACACUCGAGUACGUUUUUACCGAUCGCGGUCGAUAAUUUCGAUGGAUAAGUCGUGGAUCGUUGGAGGACUUCGCCCUCUGUGGGAGGAAGUCAAAAAUUUGCACUUUUUUACCGACAUUGGGCGCCAUUCGUUAAGUAAUCAUGAUCGAUUCGUGUUCCUUUAGAUCGGAGAACUUUAAAGAGGUGUUGUACACGUAUAACUAUUAAUGUAAAUCGAAAGAUUCUGUAUUUGUGAUUUGUAAAUAUAGUUAAGACGGAAUUAUGAAUGGGU